AAUCACAAAAUUGCUAGGGUUGGGAGUGAUCUCUGGAGAUCAUCCAGUGCAAUCCCCCACCAAGGCAGGGUCACCUGGAGCAGGUGACUCAGGAACACACCAGGUUUGCUUGGAAUGUCUCCAGAGAGAGGAACUCCACACCCUCCGUGGGCACUGUCCCAGCGCUCUUGUCACCCUGAACGUAAAGAAGUUCUUCUGCAUGUUGAGGUGAAACUUGCAUUUUAGUUUAUGCUAUUGCUCCUCUUCCUAAGGAAACCCCCAGGGGAAAAAACAAACAAACAAACAAACAAACAAAAAAAAACAGGAGAAAAAUCCUACAAGGCUGAGAAGACAGAACUUUUCACAAAAACAAACACUGACUUCCCUUAGAUUUCCCUGCGCAAGGGCAGCCCUUCACCGAGCACGGGCAGCCGGUCGCUGUCUCCGCAGGCAGCGAACCGCGGGCAGCGGGCCGGGCCGCGGGGGCCGUGCCCGCUCCGGGGCGGCGGGAGGCGGCGCCGGGCGCGGCCGUUCCCCGGUACCGCGCGCAGGUCACGCCGGGCCUCCUUGAACCGAGAUUACCCGGCCGGCGCCUCCGGCCGCUCCGCGCGGCUCCCCCCGGCCGCCCGCACCAUGACCCCUGCGCCGGCUUUGCGGAGCGGCCGCACUCGGCCCGUGACGGGGCCGCGGCUCUGCCGAGCGCUGCUGGGGGAGCCCCGCAGGGCCGCGGCCGGGCCAUGGCGCUGCUGCCCGCGCUGCUGCUGCUGCUCCUGCCCCUGGCGGCGCUGGCGGCGGCCGCGGUGCUGCUCGGCCUGCCCGGCUAUGACAUCCCGCCCGGGGUGAACCAGCCGGCCAAGCUGCGCCUGGUGCUGACCGUGCUGCUCGGCACCGCCGCGCUGGGAAGGAUUUUGGAGAAGACUGGGCUUUGCAGCCAAAUCACUUUUGGCCGAUACGUGCGACAGGGACGGAAACUAGGGUUGGAUCCAAAGCUCUUUAUCCAGGAUCUGCAGUUUAACAGAGUACCUGUGAGGGUUUAUCAGCCUAAAGCAACCUCGGAUGGGCCAAGGAGAGGCAUCCUCUUCUUUCAUGGAGGAGGCUGGGUAUUCGGGAGCCUUGAUACCUAUGAAAAGGUGUGUCGCUACCUCUCCAGGGAGAGUGACUCGGUAGUUGUGUCUGUGCAGUACCGUUUAGCCCCUGAACACAAAUACCCCGCUGCAUAUGAAGACUGUCUGAACGCCACCCUGCACUUCCUGCAGCACCUGGAGCACUACGGCGUGGAUCCUGCCCGGGUCACUGUCUGUGGGGACAGUGCUGGGGGCAACCUGGCAGCUGCUGUGAGCCAGACCCUGGCAGGCAGGUCAGACCUCCCCAGACUCCGUGCUCAGGUCCUCAUCUACCCAGGCCUUCAGGCACUGGACUUCAAUUUACCAUCCUACCAACAAAACCGGGGAGUCCCUCUGCUAUUCCGGGAACGUGCUGCUUUCUUUGCUUUGCUGUACCUCAAUGGAGAUGCACUCCACAUGCAAGAGGUCUUGGAGGGCUCUCACAUUCCUCCAGACAUGAGGCUGAAGUAUAGGAAGUGGGUGAGUCCAGACAACAUCCCCGAGGAAUUUAAGGUCAGAGGUGUGAAACCACUUGGGCCCACUGAUUUUAUAGCUGAAGUUUAUGAGACAGUGAAGAGAUUCUGUGAACCCAACCUGUGCCCACUGUUGGCUGAAGACUCUGUAGUUCACCAGCUGCCAGAAUCUUUCAUCCUGACCUGCGAGUACGACGUGCUGCGGGACGAUGGCUUGUUGUACAAGAAGAGGCUGGAGGACAACGGGGUUCGGGUGACCUGGUUCCACCUGGAGGAUGGAUUCCAUGGAAUCAUAAGCCUAUAUGAUUAUUGUGGCUUCUCAUUUCCAUCUGGGAAAAGGGGAUUGGACAGUGUUGUUAACUUCCUAAAAAGCUUAUAG